AUGAUGGGAGCCCCUCCGGCGUCUACCGGAGCCCUCGGCACUCCGAGCGAGAGCGGUCGCUCUGUGCCUACUCCGUCGGCGUCUUCAUUCUCCUCCUCCUUCUCGUCUUCUUCCUUCGGUGCGGCUGGUCCAGCGCCCGAGACGGCCUCUUCGAACUCGUCCAGCUCGGCAACUGCGCAGCAGCCCGGCCCUGGAACCGCCCCACAGAGUGGAACUGUCCCCAGUUCGUCUCUCGCCACUGUCGCUUCCUCCUCGCACUCUGACAAGGAUCACGUUUGUCAGCUCCUUCUCGACCUCUGUGUGAUGGAGAAGCGCGAGGCAGCCCUCGCCGACCUCUCCAAACGCCGUGAACAGUACCCGGAUCUCGCCCCGCUCCUCUGGCAUAGCUUCGGAACCAUUGCAGCGAUCCUUCAGGAAAUCAUCGCCAUUUACCCCUGUCUCUCGCCUCCGACCUUGACGGCGGCAGCGUCGAACCGCGUGUGCAACUCUCUCGCGCUUCUUCAGUGCGUUGCCUCUCACCCAGAUACUCGGCAGGCGUUUUUGAACGCGCACAUUCCGCUCUUUCUGUAUCCGUUUUUGAACACCGUGUCGAAGACGCGGCCACUCGAGUACCUUCGCCUGACAUCCUUGGGCGUCAUUGGCGCGCUGGUCAAGAUUGACGACGCGGAAGUCAUCAAUUUUCUUCUGCAGACGGAAAUUAUUCCGCUUUGCCUGAGAAUCAUGGAGACAGGCUCGGAGCUCUCCAAGACGGUUGCGACAUUCAUCGUCCAGAAGAUCCUCCUGGACGACGUCGGGCUUUCGUACAUUUGCGCCACGGCAGAGCGUUUCUACGCGGUGAGCACGGUUCUCUGCAACAUGGUCUCCACUCUCGCGGAUUGCCCGCCAGCGCGACUGCUCAAGCACGUGAUUCGCUGCUACCUGCGUCUCACCGACAACAACCGCGCGCGAGAGGCCCUCAAGCAGUGCUUGCCAGAUGCGCUCAAAGACGCAACCUUUCAUGCGGCGCUGCAAGAAGAGCCACUGACAAAGAAGUGGUUAGUCCAGCUUCUCCAAGCAGUUGCUCCGAAUGAAGUCCACAAUGCAGGAGCUGUGCAGCCUUGA